ACCUGAGCCUUAAAGUAUUCAUACCCUUUCGGUAGCUAUGACAACCUUCAUCUCUCUCAGCCAAUCAAAAGCUCAAUUUUCCAUCCAUCAAACACGUUUUACGCCAUCUUGAAAUUACUCUCGCAGUUUGUCAAGUCUCCUUUAAAUAAAGCCAAACUGUGUUUUUAUUGCCACAGUUUGUGCGAUAUGAACGGUUCUCGAAACAAACCGUCACAGUCAUUUAGUAAGAAGCAGGCGGACGGAGAUAGCAGUUUGGAGAGGAACCACAGGGACAGAAAGUCUGGAGGAGGAAUGCUGAAGAAACUGAAGUCGAGGCGCAGCCAAACGGAUAAGUGGCCUAUUGUAACAGAGAAUGAACUCCGGGCUCUUGGCAGAGAUAUUUCCCCGGACCAUGUCUUAGGUCUGCGGGUUGUCACGGAAGACUACCUUUGCAGACCUGAAGACAAUGUCUACAACAUUGACUUUACACGUUUUAAAAUCAGAGAUCUCGAGACUGGCACAGUCCUGUUUGAGAUCGCCAAACCCCCGAACAGCGGUCCUGUGGAGACCGAAGAUGAGAGUGGAGACGUAGACACCAGCGCAGGACGUUUUGUCAGAUACCAGUUCACACCAGCCUUCCUAAAGCUGCGCACUGUCGGUGCAACCGUUGAGUUCACAGUCGGUGACCGCCCCAUUAACAGCUUUCGUAUGAUCGAGAGGCAUUACUUCCAGGGACGUCUUCUCAAGAAUUUUGACUUUGACUUUGGCUUUUGCAUACCCAACAGCCGCAACACGUGUGAGCACAUUUAUGAGUUUCCACAGCUUCCAGAAGACCUCAUUCGCCAAAUGGUGGAGCAUCCUUACGAGACCAAAUCAGACAGUUUCUACUUUGUGGACAAUAAACUCGUCAUGCACAACAAGGCAGACUAUGCCUACAACGGUGGGCUGUAAUAUCUGAAGGUUUCUUGGCGUCUCUGCUGGAAGGGGACACGUUGAGCCACAAAGCUCUCUUGACAACACCCAAAGAUUAGGUUAGUAAGAAUAUCAUGUACUGAAAUACAGAAAAUGUUAGUUAAUGUUUAUUUCAUCUAACAUUUGCAAGCGAGAGUUGUGUUUCCUUUAUAGCAAUUAGAUAUUUCCCAGUGUUAGUUAAAGAUGAUUAUGUAGCAUGAGUUGGUUUUGUUUUUUCUUUCCAAGUUUGCUUUUUUUCCUUAGAUAUAACAUGAGACUGUUUGUGUCAGAUAAAGCAUCCAUUUUCAUAGCACAUUUAUAUGUUUAUCAGGACAUCUCUUAAUCCAGCACUCUUCCAUGGUCUUCAUGAUUUCAGAUGCCAUAUUCAUCUGGCUAAAAUAUGUUCAACGUGGCUUCAUUUGCUUUUACCCCUGUUCAUUUUAAUAUAAUGUGGGGUGCAAGAAAAAGACAAGAUUGUUAUUAAAUUUAACUUACAGUUCCCUGUCCUCUGUUUGUUCUGACUUUUUUAACACACUCCAGUGUGGUUACAUUGUUAUUCAAUCCCCUGAAAUCUGUCUUCCUGGAUUAUUUAGCAUGGCAACACUGUGAAUCUUUUGUUUAAAACCUAAGUUUGACCAUAAUUGUAUUAUAGGUUUAACCAAUGACUUAGUCAGUAUUCUGAUGCUUUCUGUUAGGUUCACAGUUUCCUGAUAAAAUACCAGAUUAGCGCACAACUUGCCCAUAUAGACAGAUGUAGCCUGAUAGUUUCUCUAUUUUUAAUGAAGUACUAGGGCACAGGCAUAGAUGAGGUAGAUCUGUAUUCACAGAAGCACUGCUCAGUUGAGACUCCUUUUUAGCCUAUUUUACACCUUUGCAAUGUAAUGUGACUUUCUACAACAGUCCUGCAGUAAGUCCUGUUACAAUUAAGCUAUCCUUUGUAGAAGAGGGGUUGAUUUCCUGAGAUGACUGUUUACUGUGGUGCUGUUAAUUUUGUUUCCACUUCUACUGGAAGGUGCAUCUAAAAUGCCUAUAAUUAAUUGAAAAUGGCACAAUUUAAUGUAAUUUCCACAUAAAUAAAGCAGGGAGUAAUUGUAAAAGCCUGUUAAUGGGCAGCGUUGUUGAAAGGUUGUUUGGAAAUUUUAAUUUAAAUCAUGUUUAUUGCAGUGUGGAAAUAAUUUUUUCAACACAAAUUACCAAUGCCAACUCUUGCUGUUCUUUGUAACAUUGCUUCCAUGUGCCUGAAAUCCUGGUGUUGAUUUUACUUUUCUUUUUAACGUAAGAAACUCCUGUUUUUCUGUAACCAGUUAAAAAAGCACAGCAUCAGGCAGAAGUGAAGUACACCAUCUUACAGUACUGUUCUUGAAUAAAAUGGGUUGUUUUCCAGCCUUGGUUAAGACA